CCAUUAUUUUCAUAUAGAUAUUAAUAACAUUGAUGACUUGUUUUUUUCCUAUUAUUGAGGAUGCGGAUUUCUUAAAAAAAAACAGGAACUAUAAACACUACCAAAAUGGUGAAGCAAUAGGAAUUGGCAAAAAUGUGACAUUGGGAUAUUGAUAUUGUGACAUUGUCAAGAAGUGACAUAUCUAUUCUUCUCCUAUGCAAACGGUUGGUCUGGCUGAAAACCCUUUUUUCCCCAAUUCGAACCUCUGCUCCUCUGUGGGUGCUCGAACAGAGAGUUGGCCGGAAAUUGUUAGUUGGUUGUUGAUCACAACCUCCCCUUGUGAUCUAGUGGUGCGUUUUUCAUCCUUUGUGGGUGAAUCCUGUGGAGACCUGAGCUGGAACCGAGACUAACAGUCGUCCUUUGUCUCCUUUGUCAUCGGCUCGUCUCCUUGAUCUCCAAUCCCUAAUCUUCCAUUGCAACGAAGACUUCGUAAGAUCUUUCUAUUUCAUAGAUUUUGUUGCCCUUGUUUUGAUGUUCAACCGUUACCCCAGAAUAAUGAAAUUUUCCUUAACGAACAUUACCACUCUUUCAAUUACUCUGUUUGAUUUUAUGCCAUGUCCACCAGUUAUCAGGUUGUUGGUACCAAGUACCUCACGUCGGGUGCUCACAAUUACAUCCAAAUCAAUAACUUGGUAUGUAUCUUUCUCAUUUCCUGCAAACAACCCAUCAACAACUUCAAUUGCUUCAUUCCAGAAAUUUUCUCUAGGCGAAAAGAUGGAGGCACCAUGUCCUGAUGUUGGAGUAACGUUGGCCACAUGUUCCAUAGUGGCCAAACCUGGUGUUAGAGAUUCAGUUGCUCUAGAAACAGGAACCUUAUUACAUCUUCUGAACCUUAUUUGAGGUUCAACAAGUCUAUCCUUUCUCACCUACCAUAGAAUAGAUAAAAGGAAGCCUAAGUUCUCAUUUCAUAAAACCAUUAAGAUUAACUUUAAAAUGGGAUCAACUUUUGAAGGAUUUUUAAAAAAUAUUACCAGACUGUUUUUCUUGAAGAAAUAUACGUUGGAUCUUGAGGUACAGAGUUGUUCAAGAGGAAAUGAGAUAACUAGGGAGAAGGGUGAUUUAACUGUUUAUUCAAUUAAAUUUGAACUAUAUUACCCCCAAACACUGUUUUAGUCAUUGCACAACCAAAGCACCAAUUUUAACAAUAUAUCAAAUCAUGUUGUAAAUUUUCACAGCAAAAGAAAUGACUGCCCAAUUUCUCUAGACCCAGCGCUAUCACAUACGCACUUGACUCACAAAGUUUCAGUUCGAUUGGUUCAUUACAAUCUUCCUAGUAAUCAACCAACCAAUCAGAACUGUGCCUCUAAUGAUGCUAUUAGGGAUCCUGCUUUCACGCAGAAAAAAAAAGACAAGAGUAAUGCUAUACAAAUGCUGGUUGGUAGAUUUCAAGUAAUAGAAACUAAAAAAUAUUUGCUUAACCUUUAGUGGGUUGGGGGGGGGGGGGGGACAUAUUCGUUGUUUUGAAUUUGUAGAUUACAUUUAGGACAGUUCAGUAAGGUCUAUUUGACAUAAAUGACUCAAUCUACUCAAUCUCUUUAAUAACAAUCACCUCAGCCAAUAGAAGUUGAAAAGCUACUAAUUCUACUCAUUAAUAAGGUACAACUGGAAAUGGAACUGGACUUAAGAGACCACAUCUCCCAGGAAGUAGCAACACAUAGUUUUUUGACACUAAGAACCGUAAUGGCAUCAGCUAUACCCUAAGCUAUUUCACAUUGUGCAGAAAACUAUUCUCAUGGAGAUAAUAAGAAACACAAGUUCAUAAAUAUUUUCACUGAUAUAUACUGGCAAGGCACCUUAAAUGUGUUUUUAAACUUAAGUAAAAAUUCUGAAACUCAAAUAUCAACUUGGAAAUGGAUGUAGAAGAGAAAUAUGAAGUGGAGGUUUCAGGGACAUUCUGAAUGAGGUCAUCGUAGCCUCAUAGGGAUCACGCCAACCUGUUGCUUGAAUAAUCUUACCAAAUUAAAUGACUUAGUUCAAAGAUUCAUACCAAGAUAACAUUUUCAAAUUUUAAACCCAUCAAUUUCAAUGUGAAUGGCCCUAAACAAUCAAGUCAAUGGAUGUGAGUAUUCGGAGUCCUAAUCAUAAUAGCAAAACAACACCAAUAAAGCUAAUAAGAAGCUGACACAAACCGAACAAGAAAACAAUGAUAAUAAUAUGAGUAUGAAGCAGACAGAAACAUUAUCAAAUGCUAAUAGUACUAAAUUAAUAAUUAGUAAUAAAAAACUAAUAAUAAUAGGACGAUUGCUUCAAAUUACUUCUCCAUGUUACUGUGACACUCAUAGUCUCACACGAGACAAUCUCGCAUCAGUUUCAACACAGGUUUCAGACUGAGAGACUGAAAAAUGUUUCUAUUACAAAAACUGUGCAUUUCGAUGUUUCUGAAUUUCCAAAUCUCAGGCUUCACUUUUACUAAGCCCUUUCCCGAGUGUUACAAACAGCCUUACAGCCUACAUGCUCAUAGUAUUUAUAAAGAAAUCUUGAAUGUCACAAAGAAGGAUGAUGAUACUCGAUUCACAUUAUGAAUAAGCGGCUUUAGGAUUUCACAUCAUGAAUGAACAAUUAUAGGAUUUCAUAUUAUGAAUGAACAGCUUUAGGAUUUCAAUUACACCCUAAAUAAACCGAACUACAUACUAGCCAAGAAUAAAAGUGAAAUUCAAUUAAAUAAAAGUACUUUUUAGAAGAAGAAAACUUCAAAAUGUUAUCCGCAUACAAACAUUCAAUUUUUUGCAGCAGAAAUUAAAGUUAAAUUAUCAUCUAUGUAUGUUUUGAUAAUUUAUGGGCUCGUGAUGAAGAAAGAGAGGCUUUUCUUAGCUUUGUAGAUGCGAGGGUCAUGGUAAGCUAGGACCUCUUCUCCUUCGAAGAGAUGCUGGAAUUCGAGAUCGGAAUGCUGGGAGAGUUAUCGCCAUCCAUGGCGGCAUGAAGCCAAGAGUUUUACUCAUCAAUUCGAAGUACAUGCUGGCUUACUUUGACAUCUCUCAGACUAUCUGGAGUGGUGGGAGAUCCGUCUAGAGACGUAAAGGCCCAUACCACUCUUCGAUUCAAACAAUAGUCGUCCGGAAAGAAGAUACGAACCGGAAAAUAAGAGUGACGGUGAACAAUACUUGGUGCGAUGCAGAUCCGUAUCUGGAGAAUCUGGCCCGGCUAAAACUUUUUCGGUUACUUUCAGGGUCGGAAGCGAAUUCUGUGAUUAAAAGCGAUGAAAAAUCAGAGGUAAAUCAGUCCAUGGAGAAGCCGGUGCUGCUAAGAUUUCCCAGUUGCAUCGUUAACGGCUUAACGCGAGACGGAAGUGAGGUUAGAGAGAAGGCAGAGCUUCUCUGUCAUCCAAGUGUUCAU